AUGGCCGAUGGUAGUUGUAGUUCGUCGGAGUCCUCCACCGUUUGUUCCGGCGGCGGUGGUAUAAGAAGAGAGAUUAUGCUGUUCGGCGUGAGAGUUGUUCUUGAUCCGAUGAGGAAGAGCGUGAGUUUGAACAACUUGUCUCAGUAUGAUCAGACGGAGGAGACUCCAAAGAUCGUCGUUGGAGAGAAAAAGAUCAAAAUCUCCUCCGGUUACGCCUCCGCUGAUGACGCUGUUCCGAUCUCUUCUUCCGGUGGCAUUCGCGAGAGGAAACGAGGAACUCCAUGGACUGAGGAAGAGCACAAGCUGUUCUUGCACGGGCUACAGAAAGUUGGCAAAGGAGAUUGGAAAGGAAUAUCCAAAAACUUUGUCAAGAGCAGGACCUCUACGCAAGUAGCUAGUCACGCUCAGAAGUAUUUCCUCCGGAGAAGCAAUCUCAACCGUCGCCGGAGAAGAUCUAGCCUCUUUGAUACCGUCAUGCCAAUGGAAGAAGAUCAUGUGGUUAUGGAGGAGAACACAACACAAUCACCUUCUCUUGUACCGGAAAUCAACAAGUUCUCUAUGCAUCCGGUUAUGCAAGUCUUUCCUCUACCAACAUCUGCUGGAAAUGGGCAGAUCUCUUCAUCUAAUUUCAUCAGCUUUGUUCCAUUGACCUUUCAGUCAAAUCCUGCACCGCUCUCUCUCAACCUCUCGCUAGCCUCAGCUAAUCUUAACGAGACUUGUUCCUCAAGGCAUUCAGCUUUCAACACGAUUGGAGUCGCUUAG